AUCGGGGCAGUUCACUCUUGUGAGGAGUGAACGCUUCUCCAUGGAUCCGGAUAAGCCUUCUGUCUGGGGCUCCUUAAAACAGAGGACCAGGCCAUUGUUAAUCAACUUGAGCAAGAAGAAGGCCAAAAAGAACCCCAACAAACCGCUGGACUUGAGGGCAAGACAUCACCUGGACAGACGCCUCAGCCUCUCUGUCCCUGAUCUCCUAGAGGCCGAGGCCUUAACCCCUGAAGGUCGGCCAUACUCGGGGCCUCAGUCCUCCUACACCUCGGUGCCCAACAGCUUGUCCACGGCCGGCAUCCUUCCCAAGAGCAGCAGUAGCUCGCUGAAGCAAUCCGAGGAGGAGUUAGACUGGAGCCAAGAGGAAGCAGGUCAUCCCCACGGGGGAGAGACAGACUCAGAGGAGGUUCACCCCUCAUCUCCCGUGGAGGGGAGGCCCACCUCUGGCCAGGGUGGCUUUGAGCUGCAGAAAUCUGUUCUAGAAGGAAAUGGACCUAGAGAGCCAGAGAAGCUGCACGGCGAUGGUGAUGUCCACGCGCCUGCCGCGUUUCCACGCGAGGAAGAGUCUGUGCUCGGGGAAGCCAGUGAUGGCCUGAGCAACCUCCCCAGCCCUUUCGCCUAUCUCCUCACCAUCCACCUGAAGGAAGGCCGGAACCUGGUCAUCCGGGAUCGCUGUGGCACAAGCGAUCCCUAUGUGAAGUUUAAGCUGAACGGGAAGACACUGUACAAAAGCAAAGUCAUCUAUAAGAACCUGAAUCCAGUGUGGGAUGAACUUGUUGUGCUGCCAAUUCAGAGCCUGGAUCAGAAGCUCCGGGUGAAGGUGUACGAUCGAGAUUUAACCACUUCCGACUUCAUGGGGUCUGCGUUCAUUGUUCUCCGCGAUCUUGAACUUAACAGAACGACUGAGUGUAUUUUAAAACUGGAAGAUCCCAACAGUUUAGAGGAUGACAUGGGUGUGGUUGUGCUAAAUCUGAACCUUGUGGUGAAGCAGGGAGAUUUCAAGAGACACCGUUGGUCGCAUCGGAAGCGGUUAAGUGCCAGCAAGUCCUCUUUCAUUCGCAACCUGCGCCUCUCAGAGUCCUUGAGAAAGAAUCAGCUCUGGAAUGGCAUCAUAAGCAUAACGUUGUUGGAAGGAAGGAAUGUCUCAGGAGGCAAUAUGACUGAGCUGUUUGUUCAGUUAAAACUGGGAGAUCAGAGGUACAAGAGCAAGACACUGUGUAAGAAUGCAAACCCGCAGUGGCAGGAACAGUUUGACUUUCACUACUUCUCUGACAGGAUGGGCAUUUUGGACAUUGAAGUGUGGGGCAAAGACGGCAAAAAGCACGAGGAGCGGCUGGGCACGUGUAAAGUGGAUAUCUCUGCUCUCCCAUUGAAGCAGGUCAACUGCUUGGAGCUGCCCUUAGAAAGCUGCUCAGGGUCUCUCCUGAUGUUGAUCACACUUACACCCUGCACAGGGGUCUCCAUUUCAGAUCUGUGUGUCUGCCCCUUAGAAGACCCCAGUGAACGGAAGCAGAUUUCCCAGCGCUACUCCUUGCAGAAUUCCCUGAAAGACACAAAGGAUGUUGGCAUUUUGCAAGUGAAGGUUCUGAAGGCGGCGGAUCUCUUAGCAGCAGAUUUCUCAGGAAAGAGUGAUCCUUUCUGCCUCCUGGAGCUGGGCAAUGACCGACUGCAGACACACACCAUUUACAAGAACCUCAACCCAGAGUGGAACAAAGUUUUUACCUUUCCAAUUAAAGAUAUCCACGACGUUCUGGAAGUGACAGUGCUUGAUGAAGAUGGAGACAAACCCCCUGAUUUUCUUGGAAAAGUUGCCAUUCCCUUGCUCUCUAUUAGAGAUGGACAACCAAAUUGUUAUGUAUUGAAGAAUAAAGAUUUAGAACAAGCAUUUAAAGGAGUGAUUUAUUUAGAAAUGGACCUCAUAUAUAAUCCGGUCAAAGCAAGUCUGAGGACAUUCACGCCCAAAGAAAAGCGCUUUGUUGAAGAUAGCCGCAAGCUGUCUAAGAAGAUUUUGUCGAGAGAUGUAGACCGGGUAAAAAGACUCUCCAUGGCAAUCUGGAAUACAAUACAGUUCCUCAAGGGUUGUUUCCAGUGGGAAUCCACGCUGCGAAGUACAAUAGCCUUUGUGGUGUUUUUGGUCACUGUCUGGAAUUUUGAACUCUACAUGAUCCCCCUGGCAUUACUUCUGCUUUUUGUCUACAAUUUCAUCAGACCCAUGAAAGGAAAGGCCAACAGUACCCAGGAUAGUCAGGACAGCAUGGACCUAGAGGAGGAGGAAGAGGAUGAUGACAAGGAAUCUGAGAAGAAGGGGUUCAUUGAGAGACUCUAUAUGGUCCAAGAUAUUGUUUCCACUGUCCAAAACAUCUUGGAGGAAGUGGCAUCUUUUGGAGAAAGAAUUAAAAACACCUUUAACUGGACCGUCCCUUUCCUCUCGCUGCUGGCCUGCUUGAUCCUGGCUGUCAUUACUGUCAUCUUGUACUUCAUUCCUCUGCGCUACAUCGUUUUAAUCUGGGGCAUAAAUAAAUUCACUAAGAAGCUUCGACAUCCCUAUUCGAUCGACAAUAAUGAGCUACUAGACUUUCUCUCCAGGGUACCCUCAGAUGUUCAAAAGGUGCAGUAUGCAGAACUGAAGCUCUGCGCCAGCCAGAGUCCGCUUCGGAAGAAGCGUAGCACUGUCUAGAAUGGACACACAAACUGGCACCCGGACAUGCGGGCUGGGCUGUGUGGGCCCCUUCCUGGAUCCUGCCCUCUUCUUCACAUACA